CUCAACGAAAUGGAUAAUAAUAAUAUUAAUAAUAAUGGAGUGGGAGUGAGGAAAGGUGCAUGGACCAAAGAGGAAGAUGCUCUCCUCAGAGACUGCGUUCAUAAAUAUGGAGAGGGGAAAUGGCAUCUCGUUCCUCUCAGAGCUGGAUUGAACAGAUGUAGGAAGAGUUGCAGGCUGAGAUGGCUCAACUAUCUCAGACCUAAUCUUAACAGAGGCUUCUUUACUAAUGAUGAAGUCGAUCUCAUCGUCAGGCUUCAUAAAUUGUUAGGAAAUAGAUGGUCGCUGAUCGCCGGCAGACUUCCUGGGAGGACUGCAAACGACGUUAAGAACUACUGGAACUGCCAUAUCUCGAAGGGACCGACACCGGCCCGAGGAAAAACCCUCACCGAGAGAACUCCACAGGCGAAGAAGUGUCAAGACCAGGCCCUGAUCAUCAUGGCGUGCUGA